AUGACUGCACUUUUGUCUGGGUUCUUGUCUGAGGACAGUGACAUUCAAGAUCUACAGGACGUUCUUCUUCUGCCAAGGGAAGCAAUGCCAAGAAAGUGUCACGUGUACUGGCAUCUCUGUCAAAGGACAUUGAUUAAAUUUCCGACAACAGCAACAGAGCGGGCUACCACCACGGAAGAAUUCUAUAACAUAUCAAACUUCCCGUUUGUUGUCGGUGCUCUGGACUGCACCCACAUUGCAAUUCAGUCUCCAGGUGGUCGACUAGCAGAGCUGUAUAGAAACCGGAAAGGAUAUUUCUCUCUGAAUGUGCAGGUUGUCGUGUUCUUGGGGCUGCAAAUCACAAAUAUUGUUGCCAGAUGGCCGGGGAGUGUCCAUGACAGUACGAUUUUCAAUAAUUCUUUGCUGCAAGGGGAGUUCGAACGGGGCACAUAUGGCCAGUCACUUCUGCUUGGUGACGGCGGAUACGCCUGUCGGCCAUACCUGAUGACACCCCUUCGAGCAGCGCGUACAACAUCCGAACGAAGAUAUAACGCAUCCCAUAUACGCACCCGUAACACUGUAGAGAGAAUGUUUGGCGUUUGGAAGCGGCGCUUCCCUGCUCUCACGUACGGGCUUCGCAUCAAGCUUAGUACAGCACUUGAGGCUAUUGUUGCUAUGGCAGUGUUACAAACAUUGUCUCUGCAACUGGUGAUCCUGUGCCAGGUGCAGAUUGUGAUGAUCCACGUCCUGUUCAUCCUGAAGUGGAACCUCUCCCGGGAUUGGACACUUCGACCGGAAGCAGAACGCGACAACAGCUCACCCAAGGCUUUUUUUAGAGUGGUGAGGACAAAGCGUUUGUAA